AUGCCGUCCACCACGUACUAUCGGAACUACUCGAAGACCUUCAAGAAGCCGCGAAGGCCGUUCGAGAAGGAGCGCAUUGACGCUGAGCUGAAGAUCGUGGGCGAGUAUGGGCUGAGGAACAAGCGUGAGCUCUGGCGCGUGAACCUGGUUCUGUCCAAGAUCCGCAACGCCGCCAGGACCAUGCUCACCAUGGACGAGAAGGACCCCACGCGCAUCUUCGAGGGCAACGCCCUCAUGAGGCGCCUCAUCCGCUACGGGCUCCUGGACGAGGCCCACAAGCAGCUCGAUUACGUGCUCUCGCUCAAGGUGGAGGACUUCCUCGACCGGCGCCUGCAGACGGUGGUGUUCAAGUCGGGUCUGGCCAAGUCGGUGCACCACGCGCGCGUCCUGAUCAAGCAGGGCCACAUCCGCGUGGGCAAGCAGAUCGUGAACGUGCCGUCGUUCAUGGUGCGCGUCGAGAGCGAGCGCCACAUCGACUUCGCCCUCAACUCGCCCUUCGGCGGCGGCCGGCCGGGCCGCGUCAAGCGCAGGAACCAGGCCGCCAAGGCCGGCGGCGGCGACGACGACGACGAGUAA